CUGAAGACGAUAGACACGGGCAAGGAUGUUGCGAACAAUUGUCCGUCGUGCGAGGGUGCACCAGCCCAUGAUCAAGUUCCCGGAGCGCCACAACGGCUCGUCUUCGUCGGAGCCGCACACGCCUCAUCCGCACCCAGCGGCACCAAAGGAAGUUGCCAAGUCCUUUGACCACUUCCAGGAAGUCUUCAAGUCGGGCCCCCACUUUGACCCGUCCAAAGUGGAGCAGUCCAGCCCGUCGCAGGGCAAGAGCGGCGGUGGCGGCGAUGGGGGGAAAACAAAGGGCGGUCUCAUGGCAAGCGACAACCCCGAGGCGGUAGACGAUGUCACCCAGCUCCCGGCGAGGUUCUGGAAGACGCCAGCGUUGGAAUGGGAGGAAAAGGAGAUGGAGGCCGUCAUGAGCGGUGGUGCAACAUUGGUUCAAAAGUAGAAAAUGCAUCAAAAGAGCCAAACCCAAUACAAUCUCUCAUGAACAUGGUUGCCACCGCUGUACUGUACAAUGUGUAAGAAGGUCUAGAGGACGCCCAUUUCAUAG